GCCGGCGUCCCACAAUCCUCUGCUUCCCGGCCCUCCCGACAUGGCGCUGCUGGGGGCUCCGCGGAGCCUGGCGGCAGCCGCGUCCCGCAAGCGGAGGCUGCUCGCCCUCGCUCUGCUGCGGCCUCCGGCGGCCGCCGCCGCCUGCGCGCACGGCUGGCUGGCGGGAAGCAGGCGGCCCCGGGCCUGCGCGGCUCCGAGGAGCGGUCAGAUUCCACCAAUCUGCAAACAAAGAUCAUGGCAAAGUCUGGGGGGAGAAUUUUCAAGACCAUUAUUAGAGGCUUCAGAGAUCCUACCGAGGUGGCGACUGAUAGAGAAGAGAAUGUGUUGGCAUGGUCAUGCAGGUGGAGGACUUCACACAGAUCCAAAGGAAGGGCUGAAAGAGAUAGAUGCCAAGAAGAUUAUUAGAGCAAUGUUGUCGUACGUGUGGCCCAAAGACAGACCAGAUCUGCGAGCCAGAGUAGCCAUAUCUCUGGGGUUUUUAGCCAGUGCAAAGGCCAUGAAUAUAUUGGUUCCCUUCAUGUUCAAAUAUGCAGUAGACAGCCUCAACCAGCUCUCUGGAAACGUACUGAACCUCAGUGAUGCACCAAAUACAGUGGCAACUGUGGCAACCGCUGUUCUCAUUGGCUAUGGUAUCUCAAGAGCCGGUGCAGCAUUAUUUAAUGAAGCUAGAAAUGCAGUAUUUGGGAAAGUAGCUCAAAAUUCAAUCAGAAGGAUAGCAAAGAAUGUUUUUCUGCACCUGCAUAACCUGGACUUGGCGUUCCAUCUGAGUAGGCAAACCGGAGCUCUGUCAAAAACCAUCGACAGAGGAACAAGAGGCAUCAGUUUCGUUCUUAGCGCUUUAGUAUUUAACCUGGGACCUACCAUGUUUGAAGUGGCACUAGUCAGUGGAAUUCUGUAUUACAAAUGUGGUGCAGAGUUUGCUUUAGUAACCCUGGGGACGCUGGGAGCCUACGCAGCCUUCACGAUAGGAAUUACCCAGUGGAGGACCAAGUUUCGAAUAGAAAUGAACAAAGCAGAUAACGAUGCCGGUAACGCUGCCAUUGACUCGCUCCUAAAUUACGAGACUGUGAAGUAUUUCAAUAAUGAGAAAUAUGAAGCCCAGCGGUAUGAUGGAUUCUUGAAGACAUAUGAAAACGCCUCCCUGAAGACUACCUCUACAUUGGCUCUCCUCAACUUCGGACAGAGCGCUAUAUUUAGCAUUGGCUUAACGGCCAUCAUGGUGCUUGCUAGCCAGGGCAUUGUUGCAGGCAGCCUUUCUGUUGGAGAUCUAGUAAUGGUGAAUGGAUUGUUGUUCCAGCUUUCUCUUCCCCUAAACUUCCUGGGAACAGUGUACAGAGAGACAAGACAAGCACUUAUAGAUAUGAAUACCUUGUUUACGCUUCUCAGUGUAGAUACCAGAAUUAAAGACAAAGAGCUGGCUCCACCCCUGCAGAUCACACCGCAGACUGCUUCCAUCGCCUUCGAUAAUGUGCAUUUUGAAUACCUUGAGGGGCAGAAAGUCCUUGCUGGAGUGUCUUUUGAAGUCCCCGCAGGAAAGAAAGUGGCCAUUGUAGGAGGUAGUGGGUCAGGGAAAAGCACAAUUGUAAGAUUAUUAUUUCGUUUCUAUGAACCUCAGCAAGGAAAUAUUUAUAUUGCUGGACAGAACAUCCAAGAUAUCAGUUUGGAAAGUCUGAGAAAGGCAAUAGGAGUUGUACCUCAGGAUGCUGUUCUCUUCCACAAUACUAUCUACUACAAUCUGCUUUAUGGCAAUAUCGAUGCCACACCAGAAGAGGUGUACGCGGUAGCAAAACUGGCAGGAAUCCACGAUGCUAUUCUUCGAAUGCCAAAUGGUUACAACACUCAGGUUGGUGAACGAGGACUCAAACUCUCAGGAGGAGAAAAGCAAAGAGUUGCAAUUGCUAGAGCAAUGUUAAAGGAGCCACAUAUUUUUCUCUAUGAUGAAGCCACAUCAUCUUUAGAUUCAAUCACAGAAGAGAAUAUCCUCAGCGCCAUGAGGGACAUGGUGAAACACCGAACAUCGGUUUUCAUUGCGCACAGGUUGUCAACAGUAGUUGAUGCGGACGAAAUCCUCGUGCUGGAUCAGGGUAAAGUGGUGGAACGUGGCCAGCAUGCAGACCUCCUUGCAAACCCAAACAAUCUCUAUUAUGAAAUGUGGCAUACACAGAGCAGCAAAGUACUAAAUAGUCACAGCCACCAACACUGGGAAGAGAGAAAUAAUCAGAUGUCCAAAGAGGAGGAAAGGAAGAAACUUGAAGAAGAAAUUAGCAAUAGUGUGAAAGGCUGUGGAAACUGUUCAUGCUAAGUAUGAGCCUGGAUAAUCUUCUAUAACAGGUUAAAAAUGCACAAUAUUACAAUGAAGCUCAGCCCUUCUUUCUAAGUCAGUGUUCAAAAACUUCCUGCGUUUUGCGGUUUUUGGGUUUUACAGUUUCUCAGAGGACUUAAUUUCAACCAAAGGAGUUCUAUUUUUACAUCUUUAGAAAUCUCUAAUAUUCAGUGGCAUCUGCAAGAGCUGAGCUUUUUCAAAAACUUUAAACUUCUCGACUAAGAGUGUAAUUUAUGGCAAUUUUUAGGCACUGGUAAAUUCUCCUGGUAGUUGCUUGAGGUGGAUUAUUAAAUUGUAGACAGAUUUGUCCCUGGCUUACAUUAUUUCUCAUCAUUAAUGGUUGAUAAAUAUGUCAUGUUUUAAUUGUAAUUGGGCUAAUUUGAACUCAUCUGCAAGGAAGAUGCAAUUUGAAUUAUGCAGUGGUGUUCUGGUUUAAAAUGUUCAUCCUUGUAAAGAAGAAGAAAAGCCUCAACAAAACAUUAGAAUUAGCCAUCUCGCCCUUCAAAAAGACCUUUCAUACUGGAGUAUCAGGAAAUGUAUUGGUAUUAUUCGAAAUGAAAACUAUCAGUAUUUCUAAGAGCUGUCAGAAGUCUUGUAGUUGAACAAAUAUUGUGUGACUUUACAGAAAACAUACAUUUUGUAUGUCAAUAUAAAGAAUCGGAAGUUUCAUAUAAACGACAAAAAUCUUGAGUUCAGGAUUCUGUAUCGUCAGCAUCCGCUGUAGCAGCCAAAGCAGAACGCCGACACUUUUUCUAUUUCAGUCAUGGUCUUAGGGAGCAAUUAAGAUUCAAUAAAGACUUCCAUAAAUUUCUAUUAUGUCAUUAGUGUAUGAGAAAAUGACCUGGAUAACGUUGAAAGCGUGCCUGUAAUAACCUCAUUUCUGUAGUCAAAACUUCUUCAGUGUCAAGAAACCUCGGUGUUUGUGAUUUGCAGGACACCGCAGGUGCAUCGGGUUUGUGUGGCCAGGCUCUGGUAGCAUGGGGUGGUGCAGAGGUGGCUUCUGAGAAGCUGACAGAAGCUUCCCCCAAGUCCAACAGGGCCAGUGGCAGCCGGCUCCAAGGUGGACCCACCGCUGGCCAAGGCUGAGCCCAUCAGCAACAGUGGCAAUGCCUCUGGGGUAACAUAGUUAAGAAGGGGGGAAAAAACCUGCACAACAGCAACUGCUGAGAAAGAAUAUGUGAGAGGAAGAACUCUGCAGACACCAAGGUCAGUGCAGAAGGAGGGCAGGAGACUUGUGACCCCAUGGAGGACCCAUACUGGAGCAGGGGGAAAGUGUGAGGAGGAAGGAGCAGCAGGGAUAACGUGAUGAACUGACCACAUCUCCAUUCCCCAACCACUGCACUGCUCAGUUGAGCCUGGGAAGAAGGGAGGGGUGGAGAGAAAGGUGGUUUAAAAUUUGCUUUUCUUUCUUAUUACCCUACUCUGAUUUGACUGGCAAUAAAUUAAUUUCCCCAAGUCAAGUCUGUUUUGCCCAUGAUGAUAAGUGCUGGGAGAUGUCCCUGUCCUUAUCUCAACCCGUGAGCAUCUUGUUGUAUUUUCUCCCCAUCCAGCUGAGGUGGGGAGUGAUGGAGCAGCUUUGGUGGGCACCUGGUGACCAGCCGGGGUCAACCCACCGCAGCAGGAUUGUAUUUCAGGCCUUAUCUCUUCGGGAGAUUGACUGGAUCUAUUUCUCACUAGUUAUUCUGGCAUCAUUCUUUGUGUUGAAUUUAAAAAGAAAAAAAUUCUUUUGGAUAUUGAAAGAUAACAUUUUUUUUCCUGGGGAAUUAUACCGGUAUAAUUACACUGAUAUAAUUAUAUUCGUAAAUCAGAUGCAAGAUUUCUCAGGGUGGGCACUAGCAAAGCACUGAGUUUGGUUCUUCUGGAGAUAUGGUUGCCAAGGGCUCUUUUUUGUGUUAGGCCCUUCCCUGCAACUGCACAUAAGGAACAGUAACUUGCUAUCUUUUCUGCUAGUUACUCAUUUUCUACUAAAAUGAUAGAUCAAAAAACCCAACCUGGCAUCAAUCUCCAGUUAAAAAUAAGUUUAAAAGUGUAUCAAAUGCAAGGACUUUCAUUUUCAUCCUUGGAGUGCAGCAGCAAAGUGAAGCCUUGUUACUGUAGUGGCAGUUCAGAAUUCUUCUAGCUUACAGUCUUCCUUUUAUUUUCACUAAUUGUCUCCAUUUUUAGUCUCUGACAGCAGUGAGGUUGACUAUAGAGGUACAGUUAUGUUUGAACUGCCAGAAACAGUUAGCAAAGGUUAAUUAAAAAGUCUUUUUGUGAGGCAUCUCCAUUUCCAGUGUCGUCGCUAAUAAAAAACCCAAUGUGUCGUCCCUCCCCACCCCACCAGAGCUAGAUUUUGGAAUCAAAUCAUCUCUCUACUCUUGCAUGCAGCAGGUAGUGUGCAAAGGCUGUAAAGAGGAACAUGUCAGUCCUGAAGAUUUUCUUUUCUUUGGUGCAAGUGUUUAAAAUAUCACUGCUCUGAAAGUUGGAGGAAAAGCGGUUUUUCUCCAUGACCAGUUUUCCAUAUUGCAGAGCUUAGACAUGCUGGAAAUUGUCUACAGAGCACACAUAUUGUCUUUUAAAUGUCUGAAACCAGAAACCAUUCUAAUGCCAGUUUUAUUGUGUUUGUGAAAGGAAGUUGUCAGAACAAGUGGUUAUACAAAGCUGAUGGGUUUUAUCGCUGGGGAUGGAUUUGCAAGUACCCUGAGUCUGUUUUCAGAUGGGAAAUACCAGAAAUGAUCAAUGUUUGUUUAAUCUAGGAAGGGUUUGAUAUAGCUAUAAGGCCAUCAUUUGAAAUGCCAAUUACCGUGCUGCAGCGUCGUCCAAUUUUAAGCAAAUUGAAUGAUGGGAGGUAACUCUUUUGACAGGCAUUUCCUAAAAAGAGGCCAGUCGUACAGUAGAAUAUUUGUUCUAAAGAACUGCAGUGGAGAUGACUGAAAACUUCUGUGUCAUGGAGUUGCUGGAUAAACAUUCUGGACCUGUCCGUGGCUUUAUUGGAAGGAAUGCUCUCCAUACUUCUUACACACAGGUUACAAAAAUUUGCUUUGCUAUUGGAAAUUUAGCAGCUACACACAUGAAAUGGAGAAAAUUUUAAAAAAAGGCUUCCGUACUAAUGAGAGCAAAAGAGGUUUAUCUCCCCCCAUUGCUGUCCCAAGUUAAAUGGGAAGAACUUGCUAUCAAAGCAGAACGAGUCUCCGCGGAGCUGAAGGGCUGCGAGGAGCAGGAUCCUCCGCUGCCGCAGCCUCGCGCAGCUCGAGCGAGCGGGUGCCAGGAGGACACGCUGGGCGCUGCGUUUUGCACGUGAGCAGGUAUCGCAGAGAAGCAGUAGCAAUGCUUGCUGAUUCUCUUGUCUGCUAGAAAUUAAUACCAGUGCUCUCUUGUUCCUUUUUUAUUAUUUUCAUUUUUAUUUAUAUACUAUGACUCCAAAGUGUCACCAUUUGAGGCAGAUGUUUGAAAUGCUGAAUGGGAGAGUCGUGGCUUUGGAGAGACUGUUGUGCGCUGACUCUUGAGACAAUAUAUAUGGCAUCUCUUCAAAAAGCCCUACAGUUUCUUACAGAAAACUGAUUUCUUUUGGAACUCUUUAAGUCUCUGUGAGUCUCGGUAGUUCUACUCUUCCGCAAUCUGGACCAUCGCUUUUCUGAACAGGAGUUUUUCAUAGUCUGGCCUCUUAGCUGGUGUUGUUUCAAAAUUCAAGUUAUCUACCAUUACAAAAUCUUUAUCUGCAGUUUUAGAGUGGAAAAAGCUAUUUAUUUUUUUUCUCCUUUCAUUCUCUGUUUUUAAAGGAAAUAUGCUUGUGAGAAGUGGACAUUAAAGAUGGGCUGUGUCUCACAGUGCUUAGUCAGCUCUUAACUAUGAACUUACAGAAUUGAAUUCCAGUGUAAAAAACUUAUCAGGCACAGGAUUUGAAGACACAACACACAAAAUUUUAGCUGUUCUAGCCUACAAGUUCGAAAACUUAAUUAGUGGUUGUUGGGGAGGUUGUUUUGCUUUUUAUGAACGGAAAUUAGUAACUUGCUACUGGCAGAUGAUCCGCAGGUUUACUCGCAGCAGUUACAUGGAUUAGUAGUUACCUACAUCUCUUAACACCGAGACUUUAACUUAUAUUCAAGUUUUCAGAAUGGAAAUGUAAAAUAUACAUUGUACAGUGAGGUGAUGAUUGUUCAAGAGGAACAACAACAAAAUAGAUGUGUAAACAUUCUGCUGGAAGGCUUCUUCCCCUGAUUCCCAUUGUUCAUCUGUGUGUAGAUAACUAUUACUAAAUAAAGGAUUUAUCUUUGUGAAUAGAAA